UCGACGCGUUCCACGACUAAGUAAGCGUGGACACCCCAUCGUCUGCAGAAGAGGACACUCUCGAUCCAUUCGCUAUUCAUCGUGAUGUUCCGGCUCGUCGGUCUGUUUUUCCUUGUCUUGGGCGCUUCGGCCGCCGUCAUUGAAGAAGAAGAGAAUGUCAUCGUUCUUACCAAGGACAACUUCGAUGAAGUGAUCAACGGAAACGAAUUCAUCCUCGUCGAGUUCUAUGCCCCAUGGUGCGGACACUGCAAAUCCCUCGCCCCAGAAUACGCAAAGGCCGCCACUCAACUCAAGGAAGAAGGAUCCGACAUCAAGCUCGGAAAGCUCGAUGCCACCGUCCACGGAGAGGUCUCCUCCAAGUUCGAAGUCCGCGGAUACCCAACUCUCAAGCUUUUCCGCAACGGAAAGCCACAAGAGUACAACGGAGGACGCGACCACGACUCGAUCAUCGCCUGGUUGAAGAAGAAGACCGGACCAGUCGCCAAGCCACUCGCUGACGCCGAUGCCGUUAAGGAGCUUCAAGAGUCUGCCGAUGUUGUUGUCAUUGGAUACUUCAAGGACACCACCUCCGAUGAUGCCAAGACCUUCCUCGAGGUUGCCGCCGGAAUCGAUGAUGUUCCAUUCGGAAUCUCCACCGAAGACGCUGUAAAGUCCGAGAUUGAGCUCAAGGGAGAGGGAAUCGUUCUCUUCAAGAAGUUCGAUGAUGGACGUGUCGCUUUCGACGAGAAGCUCACCCAAGACGGACUCAAGACCUGGAUCCAAGCCAACCGCCUCGCCCUCGUCUCCGAGUUCACCCAAGAGACUGCCUCAGUCAUCUUCGGAGGAGAGAUCAAGUCGCACAACCUUCUCUUCGUCUCCAAGGAAUCCUCUGAAUUCGCCAAGCUCGAGCAAGAGUUCAAGAACGCCGCCAAGCAAUUCAAGGGAAAGGUUCUCUUCGUCUACAUCAACACCGACGUUGAGGAGAACGCCAGAAUCAUGGAAUUCUUCGGACUCAAGAAGGACGAGCUCCCAGCCAUCCGCCUCAUCUCCCUCGAAGAAGACAUGACCAAGUUCAAGCCAGACUUCGAAGAGAUCACCACCGAGAACAUCUCCAAGUUCACCCAAAACUACCUUGAUGGAUCCGUCAAGCCACACCUUAUGUCCGAAGAUAUCCCAGAGGAUUGGGACAAGAACCCAGUCAAGAUCCUUGUCGGAAAGAACUUCGAGCAAGUCGCCCGUGACAACACCAAGAACGUUCUUGUUGAGUUCUACGCCCCAUGGUGCGGACACUGCAAGCAACUCGCCCCAACCUGGGACAAGCUCGGAGAGAAGUUCGCUGACGACGAGAGCAUUGUCAUCGCCAAGAUGGACUCAACCCUCAACGAGGUCGAGGAUGUCAAGAUCCAAUCUUUCCCAACCAUCAAGUUCUUCCCAGCUGGAUCCAACAAGGUCGUCGACUACACCGGAGACCGUACCAUUGAAGGAUUCACAAAGUUCCUCGAGACCAACGGAAAGGAGGGAGCUGGAGCUUCCGAGGAGGAGAAGGCCGAGGAGGAGGCUGAUGAGGAGGGACACACCGAGCUCUAAAUCCACAUUCCAAUACAGUUCAACGCAUCGGGGUUCCAUGGACCUGUUGUUAAAUGUCAAACAUCGUUAACUUAUUCAUUUUUACUUCUCUUUCCCCCUUUCUCAAAACGGCUCUUGGCAGCAUAUCAUCUCAUCUUUACUAAUAAGGCGAUUAUCGGUUUUGUUUACGAUGUUGUCAGUUAAGAUGGUAUUCUGCCCUGUGCUACUUAUUUUGCUAUCUCUUGCUUUUUUGUAUUUCCCCUUGUGUUGUGUAAGCAAUGCAAGUCACUUCUCUCAUUGCAUUCGUGUCAAAACAUACUGGGUCAUCUAAUAAAUUUUUACCAAAAAAUUUA